GUGGUGUGUUCGUCAGUCAAGCUUACCCCGUGACUACGUGAGGUGGGACUUACCAUGUGGUGGAGGUCGUGAUGGUUUGAGGCAGGGCCAGAUCGGCGCUUUUUCAAGAUGGAGCCCGGAUAAUUAUUAGAAGCCUCGAUGAUUGGACGCAGCGUGGCCAUGCGUGUGUUUUUAUUUAAAAUUGUUAAACCCGAAGGGGGCACGUGAUGAAGAGACCGCACUCAGUGGUAGAAUGAACAUUUCCAGUGCGUUUCGUUAACAGACUAAUUAGUUAACAAUGGCGACGUCUUUGACCGGCGUCGGGUUCCUCUGGGCCACGCUUUCUCUGGCUGCAGCGCUUCUGUGCUGCUCCGGGUUUUAUCUGCCCUUCUGGAUACAGGGCCGCCUGCUGGGGAAAGUGGAUGCCUACUUCAGUUCGUUCCGCAGAUGCAACUAUCCCCGAGUGAGUCCGCAGGGGGUAGUCGAAAUAGUGCAGGAAUGUGGACGGUAUUCAAAGUUCUGGGACAUUCCGAGCCCUUGGUGGCAGGCGAGCACAGUUCUGGUGGGGACCGGAAGUGCGUUGAGCUUGCUCAUUGCCGUGACGGCGACGGCGGCGUGCUGCAUAACUUACGUCGUACAUUCGGGGACGGCGAGAGUCGCUGGAUCCUUGCAGCUUACGGCAGCUCUUCUCGUGAUGGUGGGAGCUGCGGUUUAUCCUGUGGGAUGGGACAAUCGCGAAGUGCGGGAGUCCUGCGGAAACUCCAGCCACAUAUACCGACUAGGUGAAAGCCGGUUCGUUUCGGAUCUGAGUGUACAGCGUCGGCAUGCUCUCCAGCAGCGCGUAGCCCUCCGGCUCGCCCAUCCGACGCCUCCGAAUCCACCAUCGACGGCGGCGGAGACCGCCAUCGUCGUCCAGGAGUUUGUGCAAUCAGCAACCGUGAACGUGCCGUUUUCACCCAUCGUCAACGACGUCAACGACACCUGCAACGUCGUCGCCAAGGACCUACCCAAGUGUCUGAUGAAAUCGGACGGGAGUGUUUUCGAUUAAGUGGCAGCUCGCAACCCCAUUUGCACUGACUUGAUUCAUGCACGCGACGGAAUCGCGCUGGCUUUGACGGGGAGUUUAGGGUGGCAAUGUUUUGGGGUCGGCGGAUCUUUUUCCUUAUGCUUAUCUGUCGGCGGGGACCGUGUCCGAAAUAAAGGAGAAUUUAUACGUCUCGCUUCCGACCUUUGUGAUUUUUAUCGAUGGGGAUAUUUAUUGCAGUUUUUCGGGGCGUCGAAAGGCGGAAUAUUCUGAUAUAUGGGAAAAGCAUAUAAUGUUGGGAUACGUUUCGGGGCUGAGACGAAACAAAAAUAUAUCAAUUAGGUUAGGGCGGGAAAAUAUGGCAACUGGGGCUUUACGGGGCCGUUUUUUACCACGAUUCAAUAAUUCGCAAGGUGGGAUGCUCGGGCGGAUCAAAGUGGGACAGGUCGCGCGGUGACGUCACACAGAGGAAUUGUUAAAAUGAUAUAACAGAUUUUAAACAGUUUUUUGUAAUUUUGAUGUCGUCUUCAUUAAAUCUAUUAAAAAUUACUUCCAACUCAGCCAUUUUUGUAACAAGUUCUUCAGGAGGCUAUAUGAGUCCACCUUCUGAUAGUUAAUUAGUGUGUCCAAGUAAAUAACACAAUUUUGUCUACAAAUUUACAGCCACAAUUCUGGCUAUAAUUAUUGAUGGUGUAAAACGGCCUUAAAAAAAUAAAAGGCAGGUGACCUACUCUUAUAAGAAAAGGUACCAGCC